UCAUGUGACCAAGGUCACAUGACGACCAGCGCCCGGCUCCGAAUCAGGCAUGAGCUUCCAGCCUUGUUAUCCUGUGGACCAUGGGGUCCCCUCCUGGAUCCUGGUCCUGCUGCUGACACUGGGGCUGGGCAGCCUCCAGGCCAGAGCCGAUCAGGUUCUAGACCCUGGCUUUCGUGAGAAUUAUUUUGAGCAAUACAUGGACCAUUUCAACUUUGAGAGUUUCGGCAACAAAACCUUUGGCCAGCGGUUCCUGGUGUCAGAUAAGUUCUGGAAGAUGGGCGAGGGGCCCAUUUUCUUCUACACAGGGAAUGAGGGGGAUGUCUGGUCCUUCGCUAACAACUCUGGCUUCAUGGUGGAACUGGCAGCCCAGCAGGGGGCCCUGCUUGUCUUUGCCGAGCACCGGUACUACGGGAAAUCGCUUCCGUUCGGAGUGCAGUCCACACAGCGGGGGUACACACAGCUGCUGACCGUGGAGCAGGCGCUGGCCGACUUUGCUGUACUGCUCCAGGCCCUGCGGCAGGAUCUUGGAGUCCAGGAUGCCCCCACCAUAGCCUUUGGAGGGAGUUACGGGGGGAUGCUGAGCGCCUACAUGAGGAUGAAAUACCCCCACCUGGUGGCCGGAGCCCUGGCAGCCAGCGCUCCUGUCGUAGCUGUCGCAGGCCUCGGCAACUCCUACCAAUUCUUCCGAGAUGUCACAGCGGACUUUUAUGGCCAGGAUCCCAAGUGUGCCGAGGCUGUGCGGGAUGCUUUCAAGCAAAUCAAAGACUUGUUCCUCCAGGGAGCCUAUGACACCAUCAGCCAGAAUUUUGGUACCUGCCAAUCACUUUCCAGCCCAAAGGACCUGACUCAACUCUUUGGGUUUGCCCGAAAUGCGUUCACUGUGCUUGCCAUGAUGGACUACCCGUACCCUACUGAAUUCCUAGGGCCCCUCCCUGCCAACCCUGUCAAGGUAGGCUGUGAACGGCUGCUGAGUGAGGGCCAGAGGAUCGUGGGUCUACGGGCACUGGCAGGGCUAGUCUACAACUCCUCUGGCACGGAACCCUGUUAUGACAUCUACCGGUUGUACCAAAGCUGUGCUGACCCCACUGGCUGUGGAAUUGGCUCUGAUGCCAGGGCCUGGGACUACCAGGCCUGUACAGAGAUCAAUCUGACCUUUGACAGCAACAAUGUGACAGACAUGUUCCCUGAAAUCCCGUUCUCUGAUGAACUCCGCCAGCAAUACUGCCUGGAUACGUGGGGCGUGUGGCCCCGGCCAGACUGGCUGCAGACCAGCUUCUGGGGUGGUGACCUUAAAGCAGCCAGCAACAUCAUUUUCUCCAACGGUGACCUAGACCCCUGGGCAGGGGGUGGGAUCCAGAGCAACCUGAGUACAUCAGUCAUUGCUGUCACCAUCCAGGGAGGGGCACAUCACCUAGACCUCAGAGCAUCGAACUCAGAAGACCCCCCAUCUGUGGUGGAGGUGCGUAAGCUGGAAGCCGCCCUCAUUCGUGAGUGGGUAGAAGCAGCCAGACUAAAACACCCAGCAAUGCCACAGUGGCCUGGGGCUAAGAAGCAGCACCCUUCCAGCUAAGUGCAGCAAACUCCAGAGAUGCCUUGUUUUAUGUGAGCAACUGUGGUGUGACAGCUUGCCUUACAUCUGAUGGACUGUCUAGAUCCAUGGUGGUUUGUCUAAGCUGGACUUCAAGCAAGAAACUGGUGGUAGACAGAAGAAACUGAAUAAAUAUAGGUUUGUUGUGUA